AUCAGGACAUGGCGGAUCUAUGGUCAAUGACUAACAGCAACACUAUACCUGCGUUCAACGAAGAGCAACUUAUACAUUCAAAGACUGCUACCAAAAGUACGACAGCGAAAUGUCGUUCAAAGGUAAAUGGUACUUAUUUCUGUCAAAUUUUAGUGUUAAGAAAACUGAUUUAGUACUGCAUGAAUAUAGUUGUUGAAGAGUAUGACAGUUCAGCUUUGUGAUACCUUUCAAAAACGGAAUCCUCAAUUCAAAUACAAUACAGCUAAUAAUCCAAAGCGUGUAUUGACCAAACCAAGCGAACCAAAGAAAAAUUAUGGAUUUGACAAUGAAAAAUCUGAUCUCAUAUUACAUGUAAAUGAUAAUCUUGGACCGGAUAGUGAGAAAAGAUAUACAGUGAUAGAAUUAUUAGGUGCUGGCACUUUCGGUCAAGUAGUCAAAUGUAAAAAUCUACAAACAAACGAGCUAGUAGCCAUCAAGAUUAUCAAAAAUAAACCAGCUUAUACAAAUCAAGGCUCGAUCGAAGUAGACAUUUUAAACCAGUUGAAUACUGUUCAUGAUCCGACAGAUAAAUACAACGUGCUUCGAAUGUAUGAGUCCUUCAUGCACAGAAACCAUCUAUGCAUAGUCUUUGAAUUGCUUGCAUUGAACUUGUAUGAACUUAUCAAGCAAAAUCAUUUUAAAGGUCUCUCCACAAAUUUAGUCCGCGCUUUCGCCUCACAGAUACUGGAAGCGCUAUCAAUCGCAAAAGAGGCAGAAAUCAUCCACUGCGACCUGAAACCCGAGAACAUUCUAUUGAAAAACUUGACCUCGCCAGCUAUCAAAGUCAUUGACUUUGGAUCGGCUUGCCAUGAAACUGAGCAAUCCUAUACGUAUAUCCAAAGCCGAUUCUACCGCUCACCAGAAGUGCUGCUUGGACUACGGUAUACAACAGCCAUUGAUAUGUGGUCAUUCGGUUGUGUAGUAGCAGAAUUAUUCCUGGGACUUCCUCUGUUCCCUGGUAGCUCAGAGUACAAUCAGCUCACACGCAUCAUUGAGACCGUAGGUGAAUUACCUACCUACAUGAUCGAAAACGGAAAACACGGCCGUCGUUAUUACAACCGAGAACUAAUUUCAUUCAAUGGAAAUAUGAAUGUGUACCAAUACUAUCUUAAAGAUAUGCAUCAGUAUAUGGAAGAGCGGAGAAGAGAUGAAAAGCCCAGCAAACGAUAUUUCUCUACUUAUAAGCUAGAUGAACUCAUAUUAAAGUAUCCCUUGCCGAAGAAAGAGACGACAGCAGCUGAUACGAAAAAAGAAAUGAAGUUACGAAAAUGGUUAUUGGACUUUUUGAAAAGAGUCUUACAGCCUGACCCACUAAAGCGUUUAACGCCAGAGCAAGCACUCCAACAUCCAUUUAUAACGGGCCAAGACUACAACGACGAUGAAACAACAGUAUUUCCAACCGUAUCUGCCCCAUCACGUUAUUUGAGAAAACCUAAUGAUAGUAACAAAGAAGAAGAAGCACACAAUACGUUGGGAGAUGAAGAUAAAACAGAAGGAGAAUUUGAUACAGAAGAUGAUGAAGAAAUUCCUGAAUUGCUAACAGGUGUAAGACGGAAAUCCUAUGCAGACAACAUGCAGAGAAGCAGCACCAGCGUAUCCCCAUAUUCUAGGAAACGGUAUGAGUCCAUUGUUACUCCACUGCUAUCACCACCUGCGGAAAAAGACGAUAAGCUCUGUCAAAUAAGCAACCAAGAUAGCGCCUUCUAUUACCAAGUACAACAACAACAACAACAACAACAACGGUAACAUCCUGUUGUAUUGUUCGCUUUACCUCUUUGUAAAUAGUUUGAUUUCUCCCCUCCCCUACUUUUUGUAUAAUAGUUAUCUCUCUUAUCAUUUUUUUUUUCACCUUUGUCUUUCAGUUUUUAGUCUCUUUUUUUGCUUUU